AUGGACGCCCCCGGCUGGAACAUUAGCACGGGCGCGGGCUCCGCACGUGAUGCCGCUGCCGCCGGGGCUGCCAGCGCCUACACUGGCCCGCUUACCGCCCUCCAGGACUUGGCCGAUGCCUUGCCCGGCUUCACGGCACGACUGCAGUCCAAGGAGCAGCUCGAUGCACUGCAACGGACUCUCCUACAGAACGGCGGCUCCGUCGAGCAAAUCGGCAUGUCGACAGAGCAGUUGCAGCUGCGCGUGAGCGAGCGCGUGGGCGAGGGCACGUUUUGCGUGGUUUUUCGUGGCACCAUCUUAUCCGAUGCAAGAACCAAGAACAACGGUCGAGCCGUCGCGAUCAAAUUUCUGCGUAACGAGUUUCGGAUGUACAAGAAGCUUGACGGGUGUCCUGGUAUUCCCAGGAUAUACACCUUUGGCGAGAUGGACCUCCAUAAGGUCCUGGUGAUGGACCUUCUUGGCCCUUCGUUAGAGACCCUGUUCCAGGAUUGCGGUCGGAGAUUCUCGAUCAAAACCGUUGCCAUGCUGGCCAAGCAAAUGAUCACAAGGAUACAAACGUUACACGCACAUGAUCUCAUCUACCGUGAUAUUAAGCCAGAGAACUUUUUAAUGGGCUUGCCGGGAACAGAUGCAGCAGAUUCUGUCCACCUUAUCGACUACGGCAUGGCCAAAGUGUACCGCGAGCCGGACACGAACAUGCACAUCCCCUCAGGAGAAUCGCAGUCCCUGUCCGGCACGGCCCGCUAUAUGAGUAUCAAUGCUCACUGCAGACGCCAUCAGUCCCGGCGAGACGACCUCGAAGCUCUCGGUCACGUCUUUCUGUACUUUGCACGUGGAAACCUGCCAUGGCAAGGCGUCAAGGCCCCGCAAAACGAUACCCGCCACGAUAUUAUGUGCGAGAAGAAGCAGGCGACCAGUAUCGACGACCUUUGUCGGGGCCUACCUCCCCAGUUCUCUGAAUACCUCGCUCACACACGUGGAAUGGAAUUUGAACAAGAUCCGAAUUACGACUACUUGCGGGGCCUCUUCACCAGGGUUCUAGAAGACCAACAGGCUGCCAAUGACAAUGUGUUUGAUUGGGUCAAAAUCAAGCACAGAGAAGACGAGCUGGCAACUGCUAAGAAGCCAGAACCAUCCGACACUUGCAGCCCAGCUGCCACACCGAUCGUCAUGCCUGCCGAAACGCCAUCUCAUGUUGUCAAAGUAACAGAGGAGCCCCAGCAAAAGGCCGCUGAACCUUCCGAGCCGUUAGAACGGCCUGUUACUCCGCAGCACCCUGUUCCUAGCAGCAACACUCGAGCAGGUGGGUAUCGUACCAUGAUCGUCGUGCCUCCGCCAGCAUCGCCGCCUGUUGGAAAGAGACGGCGCUCCGAGUUUACCUCGGACCUCAAACUACCACAGCGCAGCAUCCGCUCCAAGAAAACGGGCUAUUCCUUUUACGACAGUGAGUCACAGCAUACCUUGGCGACGCUUUACCGCGAUGUGGUGGCCAGGCGUUACAAUUUCCACCGUGCCGUCAAGCAAGGCAGACCCGGCAUGUCGUCGGUUGCGAGUGCGGCUGCUGCGGCUGCUGCUGCAUUGGCAGUACGACAUACGGCAACUCCUGGCAUAUACAGUCGGCCUGUGGCCCCUUUGCGCGCUAUGGGCGGAGCGUUAAUCCUCGCCCCAACGUUCACUGAGAUGCUCGACACGACGCUCGGAAAGGUGAUUAGUGAGCUUGAAGACAUAUCUGAUAAGCUCUUGCAAGACGGCGACUACUCUGGCGCAGCGCGUCUGCAUGAGUGGCUCGAAGAUGUAUCGGCCGCCACAAAAGAGGAAAUUCGGCGGCUCCGCCAGGAGCAGGAAAGGGAGCAACAGCGACGGCAAGAGACGGACGAGGCCGCAGAGAACAGAUCAAAUAUUCCUUUACAAGGCCCGGCGUCCAUGGCUGUGCCGGACACAUCGACCAUACCACCGCAAAAACAGACUUUGGUACCAUUAGCGGCCUUCGAUCCGGCCGACCCGCUAGAAGUGGACGAUGGCGAAGACGAUGACGGGGAUACUGCUUUUGACGAGAACACCCUGCGGACCCAGUUCCUGCAGAGGCCUGGCUCUUCUGCGUUUCCUCGGAGAACGGUAACGCGCAGGGUACCAGAAGUUGCACCGUCUUCGGCGAGACUACCCGCCGCGACGUCUCCGGCCCCUGACUCCUCGGCUGCUCGGCCGUAUUCAAGAGGCAGCCCCGCGGCGUCCGUGCGGUCGAGUCUGGGUCACCUUUCGCUCGGCAUUGAUGCCGAUAUCCUUGCUGCCGGCGACGACAAUGCCGACGAGGGAAGCGGUGACAAGAUUGAUGCCGACGACAGUGGCAGUAACGAGAUCUUGGAGCUGGUGUAUAGGACGGCAUCAGGCACACGUAAGGUAGUGCGUGUGGCAGGUGAAGGUGGCCCGAAGUAA